CGGAACCCGUCCCCUCUUGCGCAGGACUAUAUAUAUAUAUAUGUGUGUGUUUUAUUGGCAGCGGAACCGAAAGUCGUCCCGGUCUGCAUGAACGACCGAUUUGCUUGAAACAAAGAGCUCCCCUGUCCAAGUUAGCAUGGCCGUGACGGCGCAGCACAUCCGCGAGAAGCUCACCGAGGAGCUUGAAGCGAGCCAUGUGGACGUCGAAGAUACCUCACCCAACAGAUGUGCGGCAAGUUUCAAAGUGUUGGUCGUGUCGUCCCAGUUUGAGGGCAAGCCUCUUUUACAGAGACACAGGAUGGUGAACAGCUGCUUAGCUGAAGAGCUGAAAGAGAUCCACGCCUUCGAAAUGAAGACCCUCACACCGGAGCAGUGGGAGAAACUCAAACCACAGUGACAAUCUGACACGGGCUGCAAGAAACGCACGUCAAUCUGCAAUGACAUGAAGAGGCGUUGACAAAUGCAUCACACUCCUCAGCUGAUAGCUUAUUCUGAAAGAAAGUAAGCUGGCGCUUUCUUUCAUUUUCUAUAUAUAUAUCAGCAAUAUGGGAAUACAUGUGACAGGAAAUGUUGGCAAUAAAACUCGUGCAGAUUAGGGGAAACUCAAAAGCUUCUUUAUUCUGCUGGUCUUGAAGAUAUACAUGUAUGCCUCUGUCUAUAUUCAUGUUUAGUACUCGAGGUUACCUGAAGUGGGCUAAGAUCAUUGUAAGUGUGUCCUAACCCAUAUUGCCUUCAUUUGGAAGCUGUCUGUUCAGUGCUGGGUUGUUCUUCGUGACAUGUAUGUAGUGUGCAGCGAGCUGGGCUGUGAGCCAUUAGGUCACCUGUUAUAGCCGAGGCAUCUGUGGCAGUAGCUCAACGUCAUAAUUUGAAUAAGCCCAAUGUCUUCACGAUGUCUUAAAAGUGUUUAUGUAAUUGUCAGACAAACUACAGUGAUUUUAGUGACGUUUUAUACGUAGUGGUUUUUAUAGCACCACAUGAUGGCGCCCGCAGCAAGUAUGAUGGGUAUUACAAACGAGGACACAUUUAAAAUGCUCCUGAUCUUCCACUGCAGGGAUGCACCGAUACUGGUGUUGGGUAUCGGGCUGAUACCAGGCUAAAAUGUAGUAUUGGUAUCGUGAGAUUUUCCCCAAGACGUGUAAUAGAAAAGCCACGCGUAACAUGUCGGAUAAAAGCAAAGUGGUGGGAUUUAGUAUGUUUUGGGACAUGGAAGCCCGUGUUUCUUAGAUGAUAGGAAAAAAAAAUGCUUCCGUCUCUUUUAUUUUUCCCAUUGAUUCCAAACUCACGGUCUGUGUCUGCACAGUUCAGCAAAAGUAACGGGUCGGAUUGGUACUCGGUAUCGAUCAAUACUAAGAUUCGUACUUGAUCUCGGUAUCAGCGCUGAAAAAGGUUAUAUCGGUGCAUCCCUGUAGAAACUGAGGGUAUAUUCUUGAAGUGUGUAGAGGAACCUGCUUCAUGUAUUUCCAUGUAGAGAUUCUGUGCUUUAUAGCCGUGUGUUAUGUAAAGACUCCGCUCCUGCAGUGCUCACAGUACAUCUCAGAAUGUAUUCACACUACUCUGAGAUCACAGCCUGCUGUUUCCUGUGCAAAACCAGUCCCCGAAGCCACGGCGCCCACUUCAUGAAGACUUUAGACGUUAGCUCAGGUCAAGAGUCGUCAUACGACAGUGUUGGAUGCUGGAUGGAGGAGAUCGCCCAAGAACUCCCGGAACCGUGCAAGACGUCGAGAAGCAAUCGGUUCUGUCAUUUUAUCGCCAUGGCGCUGCCAAUUUUGUCAUGUGGAUUGCUGUGUGAUUUAUGUGGUGGUGUUUUUUUUUCUUCUUUUUUUUUUCUUGGCUGGUACCCAACAGAAAGGGCAAAGGGUGACGGGGCAUGUGUGAGAUUUGAUUAUGCACCAUUUUAAAGAUGCUGACUGAAUUUAAAUGACAUGAAUAAUUCACUGAGCACAUUGCUACCAAUUCAAUAAACAUGCAGAUAGAUGCACAUGUGAGUCCGCAGAGCAGACGGUGUGUUCUUGGGCGUGCGUGGACGGUUGGUGCAGACGUGCACGGAGGCGCUGGCGUUCCCAUCGAGUGGAAACAACACAGCACUCUCACCCGGACCUCCUGCCUGCAGAACUUUCAGGCCAGCUGCUUUUCAGGAGGGCAAGUUAGUGGCGCUCCCUUUGAUCACCGAGCCUACAUCACCACACACUGUGCAGCCAUUAUUGUCAGCGUAUAGAUUUAUUCUCCAACACCCCAGUCAUCACUUAAGGCGCCGGUCAUAUUAAUAUUCCUCUGAAGUGUCAGUGACUGAUGAGACUGUUUUAUUUUAGAGCUACAGUCUUGACAACUACUUGUUAAAUGUCUGUAUGUAAUCUGUUUGUAUGAACAAGCCAAAACCCAAUCAUCGAUUUAUAAUUGACAAAUUGGAUCGAUCUUUUUUUUUGAUAAUAAUGAUGAGUAAUAUACAUAUACUAUA